UCUAAGGAAGAUAGUUGUUUUUAUCUUCUUCUUCUUUUUGGGUGGCGAGGGUAUUCUCUGAUGUGUUUGCUGGGAUCAUUAGUGUGUUGGUGUGUGUGUGUGUGUGUUAAGAACUUUUUUCCUUUCUUUUCUUCUCCCUCCCUCCUUCGCCUCUCCCCCUCCUCGGCACUGAGGAAUGUGGGGCUUAUGUCAGUGAGAGUCAGGUACAGACUCACUAAUUACCACUGCCCUUCCUCCCUCCAUCUCUCCCUCCCUCCCUCCUUCUCUCUCUCCUUCCCUCCCUCUCUCUCUCUAGGUUUUUCCUUCAACUCCGGCACCUUGUGCGCUCCCUCUCUCCUCUCUCCUCCACUUGGAGACCUUGUGCGCUCCCCCUCCUCUUGUCUCCCGCUGUUGCGUCUAGAAGCGCUGUCGUGACUGGAGGAGAGGAGAGGACAAACAGAGAGGAUCUGAGUCAGAAUCCAAAAAAACACCAAAAGGAGAACAGAAACUCUGACUUGUCUUCUCUCAGUGUGUGUGUGUGUGUGUGUUUGUUAGAUGUGUCUGAGCUCUCUUCUGAUUGUGCUCUGGGGGACCUGUCAUUGAAGACAGGAGGCGCCUUGACAGCGAACGCGAGGCCGGAGAGAACCUGACAGACAGCGCAAAGGAGGAGAGGAAGAGGAGGGGAAGAUGAGAAAGUGACAAGCUGGAUUGUUGGUUUGAACGGUGGCAGACGAACCUUACAGCGACUACGUGACUACACGUUCCAUCAUCCUACAGGCCCCAGAUCUGAUUGGAUGGUUUUGUCAGAAUGACAGCUGAAGAUCCUGCUUCCUCCUCGACCAUGAGCAACAACGCUGCCGCCUCCAAACCCCCCAAACCCUCUGGUGCCUCCCACCAUUCUCUCCAUGGACAGAUCUCCAUCCCUGAGGGUGUUGCAGGUGCUCCAAAUGAGGCCGCACUGGUGGCUCUGAUGGAGCGCACUGGCUACACGAUGGUCCAGGAAAAUGGUCAGCGUAAAUAUGGCCCUCCUCCUGGUUGGAAUGGCCAAUCUCCACCACGAGGAUGUGAAAUCUUUGUGGGCAAGAUCCCACGGGACGUUUAUGAGGAUGAGCUUGUCCCAGUGUUUGAGUCCGUAGGUCGCAUCUAUGAGAUGCGCCUGAUGAUGGACUUUGAUGGGAAGAACCGAGGGUAUGCAUUUGUGAUGUACACAGAGAAACAUGAAGCCAAACGAGCCGUGCGGGAGCUCAACAACUAUGAGGUGCGGCCUGGACGGCUGCUGGGGGUCUGCUCCUCUGUGGACAACUGCCGUCUUUUCAUUGGUGGCAUCCCUAAGACCAAAAAGCGUGAGGAGAUCCUGGAGGAGGUCUCCAAGGUGACAGAGGGUGUACUAGAUGUGAUUGUUUAUGCCAGCGCUGCAGACAAGAUGAAGAACCGUGGCUUUGCCUUUGUAGAGUAUGAGUCGCACCGUGCAGCUGCCAUGGCCCGCAGGAAGUUGAUGCCUGGACGUAUUCAACUGUGGGGCCACCAGAUCGCAGUAGACUGGGCUGAGCCAGAGAUCGAUGUGGACGAAGAUGUGAUGGAGACAGUGAAGAUCCUUUACGUCAGGAAUCUUAUGAUGGAAACCAGUGAGGAGACAAUUAGACAGGUGUUUAGCCAGUGGAACCCCGGUUGUGUAGAGCGUGUGAAGAAAAUCCGUGACUACGCCUUCGUCCACUUUACCUCUCGGGACGAUGCUGUCCUGGCCAUGGACCACCUUAACGGCACAGAGGUGGAAGGGUCCUGCAUUGAGGUGACACUCGCCAAGCCCGUUGAUAAAGAGCAGUACUCGCGCCAGAAGGCCUCUAAGGGAGCUUCUGCCACUCCAGAGGCUACCCAGCAGAAUUACGUUUACCAGUGUGAUCCCUACACAUUGGCCUACUACGGUUAUCCCUACAACACCCUCAUUGGACCUAACAGGGACUACUUUGUCAAAGGAUCCCCAAUGAUACAGAACAAUGCAGGUACUGUGCGAGGUCGUGGUCGUGCUGCUGCAGGUAACCGUACCCCUGGACCUCGGGGGUCGUACCUGGGGGGUUACUCUGCUGGUCGUGGCAUCUACAGCCGCUACCAUGAGGGCAAGACCAAGCAGCCCGAAAAGCCCUAUGAGCUGAUGCCCAGUCUGGAGCUUGCUGCCUCCGUCAACCCAGUUGGCAUCAAACCUGGCACAAUGGCAUUGCCGACUCUAGGUGGGCAGUACCCAGUGUUCAGUGCGGCUCCCACAGCCAAGCUGAUGGAGGAGGGGAAGGUGCACACAGUGGAGCACCUCAUCAACCCUCUGGCCAUGCAACACCCUGAACACACCAACGCUUCUGCUGCUGCUGCUACUGUCCUACCUGCCGUCUCUACUCCUCCACCGUUUCAGGGUCGACCAAUCACUCCUGUCUAUGCCAUGGCCCACAACGUACAGCGCAUCCCAGCAGCCGGCGGCCUGUAUGGAGCUGGAUACGUCCCCAUCACAAACUACGCUGCCAACUCAGCAGCUCUGGCUGCUCUGCAGAAGAACGCAGCUGUGGCAGCUGCAGCAUAUGGAGGAUACACCGGCUACGCUGUGCCACAGGCCUUCCCUGCAGCAGCCUUCCAGCUGCCCAUCCAUGACGUCUACCAGACAUACUGAUUCUGAAGGAUCGGACCACAUGAAACAACAAGAGCAUUAUUCUGCCUGUGACUGAACAACCUCUGCAACAUCUCAACAGUGUGCAUGAUAUGAAAACAUCUCUCGAACUUGUGAACCUCCAAGCACUCCAAAGGAAUGCCGUUUGAAAUAAACAUUCAGAACACAGACAGUAAAGCCAUCACAACCUGACAUCUCACAUCUCUCCCACCUAUUAGCCUCAGUAUAUCCCAGACCCACGGCAACCAUAUGACAGGCUUAAUUAUGCAAAAUUAUAACAGACAUAGAAGACAGUCCAUUCACUGAGGAAACCUACGUGCAUGUGGUGACAACCUUCCCCCAACAAUGAGCGUAACACGGUCACAACUCUAUGUCUCUAUCUCUUUCCCUGACCCUCGCCACCUUGUUGCUAUAGCAACAAGAACACUGAAGGUACAUUCAAGUAUUUAUGAAGAGAAGAUACAUAUUUAAAGUUGUAUUCUCUGUAGGUUUCUCUGUGUAUUUUAGAUAUAAAUUAGACAAGACAGACCGUGUCUAAUUUUGUGUAAAAAAAAAAGUGUAAAAACAUGGGGGAAACAAAGAAAAAAGUUAAUUGAAAGGAACAGGAACUACUGACUUGAGAGGAUACCACUGAAGCCAACUGUUUUGGAUAUAGCCUACUAAUGUCUUGUUUUAGUUUUUUUUUUCAUUAGUAUAUAGUGUUUUAGUCAAUUCUACAUGCUGUAGGUGAAGCUGUCCGUCCAUGCUGGUUGAAUGUGUACGCUUCAAACAUACCUGUUUGGUACUUUUUGGUUUAUUUAGUUUUAUUUGUGUUUUUUGGUUGUUUUAAAUGAAGGUUCUAUUGUGUUGUGUUUAUUUGCCUAUAAUUUCUUUACUUGUUUCUAUGUUUCUCCUUUAACUUUUUGAAACAUAUACAGUAUCUUGGUUUGCUUGAAGAAACGUUCCCAGCUAAAUAAUAUUUUUGUGACAGAUUCCUUGGGGAACAAAUAAUGCAAGAAAGAAAACUGGAAAGCUUUUUUCAAAGAUGGGAAACACGUUUCUAUCUGCCAGCCUGAUAAAUGGUGAUAUCAUGUUCAUGGAGAUGUUUUCCAUCCAGGGGAAAUGCGCUGACAGGGGACUAAGACUGAACAGAUAUUAGUUGUUGUUUUUUUUCUCAUUUAUGUAUGUCUUUAUUAUUGCUUUUUGAAUUAUUUGAGUCUUGAAAGGUGAACAAAUAUGGACAGAAAUGAGAGACAUUUUUCUAUAUGGACUGGAGCACUCUGUCGUUAAGCGCUCCUGCAUUUGCUAAAUGCUAACCAAAAACCUAAUGCUACAUACACUCCAGUCUCACGACAUUAGAAAGAUGCCUCACUACAGUGCCUUACAUCUGCAUACUGUUACGUGCUACUCUGGGCUUUAUAUCUUUCACUGUGCCUUUUGUGACAAAGCUAAGCCCGCGUGGUCGGCACGAAGAGGAGCGACUUCUGCCUGUGCAUGGCGCUGGAGUCUUAUCCAUUCAUUUUUCCAUUGAACCAGAUUUGUGGUAUUACUGUAUUAUAGUGAGACGAGUAGGUUUCAGUCUCUGCAGUCAGAUGUGACAAGGCUACCUCUCUCCUGUAGUCUCUUCUCUGAAUGUCCUGCAGUAACACUCCAUAUGUUUAUAUCCUUAUUUCUCGUCCUCUAAACUGUGCUUGACCGAGGUGCACUUAAACAUAUUUAUAAAGGGCAAGAGAUUGCCGCUUUCAGAUGAAGAGAUAUUAAAUGCUAAGCGUGAAUUCAUAUGUGAACUGGGCUACUUGGCAUUUGCCACCGUCUGUGUUAUCUGGCAGAGUUUUCCCUCCCUGAUAAAGUAUAAAACAUAAAAUAACACUUAUGAAUGUGUAGUAGGCACUUUUUAAACUCAGCAGUGUGUUGUAAAACAAGUGUAAUAUUGAACUGGGAAUAACUGGAGCAAUACCUCACGCUGAAGUGUGCAAGUAGCCGAGCGAUGUACUGCAGCACACAAACAUAACGGAUGCAAGCAGCUGCUGAUCAUGAAGUCAUGCAACAGAACAGACAUCUUUAUGUAAAAACAUGCAAAACACGUUUGUAUGCUUGCAUUCAUUAACCAGUUGACAUAGUUAAUUGUUCUAAAUUUUAAACUCUAAACUUCUUUUUGUUCCCUGUGUUUGAGGGAUUUUAUUUGCUCAUUUUCCAUCAUCUCCUCAGAUGUUCGAUUAAAUUUUACACACAAAACAAUAAGAUGAGUUUGACUUUGAGGAAGGCCUGGAUUUUGACAUUCUGUUAAGUUAAAUGAAGAGAAUGAUUAUUCACAACAUAUUUGCUCUAUCUCACUCCAUUUUCUACUUAUUACUACAUCUCUUCUCUCUGAAACUGGACUUAGAAAACAAACUGGCGACAGCUUUUUAUUAUUUUCUUGUAUGAUGACAAUAAGUCAGGAUAUAUUUAAUAUAUGCAUUACGUAUAUUGUGUAUGAAGUGAGAAGAAAAGGUAUAAUAUAUUCUACAACAUAUUUCUUUUCAUUAUUUACACCUUGCUUAGGGAUAAAAAGUCAGAGUAACAAAAGUAGAAAAACUUUUUUUUGCCAAAGUGUCCAAUAGUUUUUAAACAUUCAAGGUUAUUGUGUUUUUGUUAUGUGUAAUGUUAUUUUUUUGUUGUUGCUAUUUUUAACUGCAUUUAGUGUUAUGAGUGGGAACACAAAGGCAUUCUCUUUCAGCCACAUGUUAUCAGUUUCAACAGCCAAGACUGAAACUGUUCAAACCAUCAGUCCUUUGAGCUGCAGCUCCGCUUAAAAAAAUGGACUCAGUUUGUCAGUUCUGGCUAAACUAUUAAAGGUCUAAUUGUCUAA